AUGGCUGAUCCUGAGCGUUCAAUUCUGCGUCACCGUGGACCGAAAAAAGACAAAGUCAACUCUUUGACUGGCGGCGCAGAGACGUCAUCUGUUGCUGACCGAGUCGAGGACCACAUCACUGUUGUCGCAACCACUGGCACAGAACCAGAAUCCACCGUCGCUGAACCUCAGGGUGAAGACAGCCGUACCAUUGAGUUUGAAAUAGACGAAGGUUUCACCUUACCGCCAGCACCGCCUAAUACGCCUGCUGAAGCCAAUCUUCCAGUCAUUCGUGACUAUGCCGUCGUCACCGGCCCAAAUGGCGAGGAGUCACUUGUCUGGCUCGCAGCUGCUGACGCUUACCUUGACGGUGUCGAAAUGAUUGAACAGCAGAAGGCUGAGCCAGUGACUUUGGGAACACUCCUGUCUGACGCGUUGACACCCCUUAAUGUCAUCAACACCGUCGUUUACCUCGCUUUGCUGUGCGCCAACGCGAAGUCGAGCAAGCUCAUGUCUCCCGCCAUGCUUUGUGCCCUUGGCCAGGUCAAUGAAAACGAACGCUGGGCUGACUCUGCUGGAGUGGGAACGAUCACCGAGGGACUCUGGAAGACUGUGAUCACUCUCGCCCGUGAUCGCAAUCCUCGUCCAUCCCUCCGACUUCUCGGCUACAACGUCCCUACCGUCGAUAUCUUUGUUGUUUGCUGCGGCGAGCCUGACGAUGUGGUCUUGGACACAGUCAAAGCCGCAUGCAAGAUCGACUGGCCAGCCAAGAAGUUCCGCAUCAUUGUCGCAGACGAUGGAAACUCUCUGAGCCUUCGAAACAAAGUUCAACAAAUGCAGGGAACAUAUACCAACCUUCACUACUACUCUCGAGUGAAGCCAGCCGUUGGACACCAUGGGUACAAGGCAGGAAACCUUAACUCGACACUUGUUGACUAUGUUGAGAAGACCCCUGCUGGUUACAGCGAGUUCUGUGCAAUCUUCGACGCCGACAUGAUGCCUGAGCCGAACAUUCUUCGAAUGCUGGUCCCUCACGCGAUUAAGGAUCCAAAUCUCGCAAUGGUGACUGCGGCCCAGUUCCAUUACAAUGUCCCAAAUGAUGACCCUCUGAAUCAAGGCAAUACCACUGGCACUGGUGCUGAGGAUGGAAAUCGAGACCGAGUCAAUGCCGCAUGGUGCCCCGGAAGUGGUUUCAUUCUCCGCACUGCGGCGUGGUUCGAUAUCAAGGGAUUCCCAGAGUUCUCCAUCACGGAAGACCUUAUUACCAGCUGGUGCCUUCACGGAAAAGGUCACAAGAUCGCCCUCAUCCCUGGUGUGAUGCAAUGGGGCCUGCAACCGGAUUGUCUGAUCACUCACUUGAAGCAACGUCGCAGAUGGUGGACUGGUCAUAUCCGUGAUGCGUUGCGCUACAACUUCACGUUGAAUGCGCAGGCCUUGAGUGGUGCAAGCUUGAUUCAACGCUAUGCCAUGUUUCAUCAUGCCUGCCGUCCAUAUACGAUGACGAUCACCCAUACAAUCAACACCUUGUUGACCCUUGUCUGCUUGUGGUUGGGUGGCCCCGUCAUCGGCGGUUCUGAGGUUCGUGGCUUGAAGCAGAUUGUGUACUGUCUUGCCAUCUCUCGUGUCAUCGGCCUGAUCGGAGACUUCAACUCCAUCUUCUCAGGCAGCUACCUCAAGGUUCGCCGCAUGAUCGCAACCGGUGUCUGGAUGGGCCAUCAUUUCUCUCGGGACACUCUCCAGACUUUGUUGCCCCAACGCCUCGGUGGUCUCAGACUCAGCUUUGGUGUCAGCGGUGUCGAAGACAAGCCACAGAUUGGUGUCAAGGAACGCGAUGUUGCCACCCGCCCUGCUCUUCUGACCCGUGUCUGGAUGGUCCACCAACGCGAGGGUAUUCUCUGGCAUCUCGCUUUGUUCUUGGUGACGGUCUGCCUCGUCCUCUAUCGCGUCGUGGGUGUGUUCAAGGCGUCGACUGUCGAUGGUCAGGUCAUCUUCAACGAUGACGUCUGGAUCGAGCUGGUGAAGUCGGUCGGAUUCCCAGGAUUUGCACUCCUCGACAAUGUCCUGUACUAUCUCACGCCCAUCUUCUACAUGAUCGAUCCACCGACCAUGCCUGAGCGCCGCGAGACCAUGGAGUACGACGCCGACACAGGCCUCUGGAAGCCACGCGAGGAAUACAAGAAGGUGUCUUACACCAAAGCCAGUUAG